AUGGAUGGAAAUGCUACCUCAUCCGAUGAUAUCACUCGUCGCUUCGAAGCCAUGGAGCAGCGCAUCAACAUCCUCCAAAAGCAGAACGAAGCGUUGCACUCUCAAAUCCGCGAAUUCGAUCCAUUACCGAAUCAACCCCGUUCUAACCCGAGUUGGCUUCCCCCGCCUCCAACUCAACCAUCUUCUGCAGGUACAUCGACAACAGUUGUCACCUCGACGGCUGCCCGGGUAACCCCACCUCAGGUCGGCAUGACGACAUCUACCAUGGUGACGGCCCCCGCUCCGGUGUCUCGUCCGUUGCCUCCCCCAAUGGUACCCACGCUACUCAAGGAACGCCCCCUUACAUGCAACAACUGGUGCCGCAGUUCACUCCUCACCAACCUCAUGGCGUUACUCCCGCAGACGAAGAGACACGCCCGAGAAAACGAGAUAGACAGACCAGUCCGAGCUGUAGCCGCCAAAUACCUAACCCCUACAUCUUUUGAUGAAUCUGAUGCAGGGGACGUCUCGGACAAACAUCAUGACGGCUUGGUGAUAUCUAUUCCUGUUGGAAACUACAUGAUCAAACGAGUCCUUGUCGACAAUGGCAGCUCAACUAACGUGAUGAUGCUCGACGCCCUUAAGGAGAUGGGGCUCAACCCAGACACAUAUGUCGUCAAAAAAUCCAUCGUGCUAAUAGGGUUCAGUGGCGAAGCAAAAACCACAUUCGGAGAAGUUACCCUACCCGUUUACGCAUAA